AUGUCCACCCAAAAAGCAGUCGUGCAUGUGUCCGAAAAUGUCGCGGAGCUCAAGAACGAUGUACCGAUUCCACAGCUCUCCGGAGAUAAUUGGAUCUUGGUGAAGACCAAAGCUGUUGCACUCAACCCCACAGACUGGAAGAACAUUGCCAAAUCCAAUUCACCAGGCUCCAUUGCGGGCUGUGAUUACGCUGGUGUGGUUGAGGAAGUUGGAAGCAGUGUUACCAACUACAAGGUUGGCGACAGGGUCUGCGGAUUCGUCCGAGGAGGCGACCCCUACGACAAGGGCAACGGUGCGUUUGCCGAACAUAUCAAGGCGAAAGAAGGCAUCAACCUCAAAUUCGGCGACAACAUCUCUUUUGAAGAUGCUGCAACGCUGGGCGUUGGUAUAUCUACCGUCGCGCAAGGACUGUACCAGGAACUCGGCUUACCCUUCCCGCCCAACAAGGUGCAGGAGCCGACUCCUAUCUUGAUCUACGGCGCUUCAACCGCAACAGGCACACUCGCUGUGCAGUACGCCAAGCUCUCCGGAUGCGAAGUCUACGCGACCUCGUCACCGCACAACUUCGAUCUUCUGCGCAAGCUCGGAGCCGACCACGUCUUCGACUACAAGGAGGCCGACGUGGGCGCGAAGAUACGCAAAGCAGCUAACGACAAACUCAAGCUCGUUUUCGAUUGCAUCGGUGAAGGUAGCUCGACCGAGAUCGGCGUGGCAGCGAUCGGAUCCAGCGGUGGCCAUUUGUCAGCUCUCCUGCCCCCUCCGAAGGAAGUCUCGCGCAAAGAUGUCAAGGCCGUCUGGACGCUCGCGUACACCGCGCUGGGCGAAAAAUACAACGACAAGGUUCCUGAAAGUCAAAAGGACUACGAAUUUGGCUCCAAGUUCUGGAAGGCGUCGGAGGAGCUCAUCAAUUCUGGCAAGAUUCGCACGCAUCCGGCGGAGGUGCGCAAUGGCCUUGAAGGUGUACCAAAGGGGCUGCAAGAUCUGAAGGAUGGCAAGGUGUCUGGCGUGAAAUUGGUCUACAAGGUCGAGUAG